CUUUGACCACUUGCCCAUAGCACUCUUAGUAGGACGCGAUCUUCUCUUCCUCUUCUUCCAUCAUCAUCAACGCCUAGAGGCAGGUCCCUCCCCAUUUCCUAUACCACCUCACCACCUGGCGUCGCUGGACGUGCCAAUCACAUUCCUUCCAUCCCAGGCUGUUCUUGGGCCACUGCACCGGUCUCGACGACCAGACAGACGGGCAGGCAGAUAGAUAGCCUCGUGAACCGCCGCGACACCACCAGCCAUCGACUUUACAGAGUUUCUUCCAACAUGCAGAUCACCGGCCUGAUCGCUUCAGCCUUGCUGCUUCUAGUAGAAGCUGACACCAUCCUCGCCAAAGCAGUCAUCCACCUUUCUGAUUUUCACACGCGGAGAGACUUGGAGCAGGACAUGAAGAGGGGGGCCUCCAGUAUGCUUCGCAGAGCGCCGCAAGAACAAGAUCAAUCGGACAACAGUCUUCUCGGCGUCACGUCCUCACCUUCAGAGCUGAAUGAGACGAUAGCAAAGGCGUGUAUAGAUGCUUUGGAGCCGUUGACCGGCGUGGAAAACGAUGGCGGGCUCACAUCGUGCUUCAACAUUCUCCAGUUCGACGAGGACGCGCACACCUUCGAAGCCGACCUCCGACUCUACCAGGCCUUUGAACCUCGCGGAUCAUUUGCCAACAUCAGCGUCAACGAUAUUAUGAUCAGCCUGCAGUUUCCCAGCAAGACCAUGUUUCAGUCCCUGACCAAAAAGAAACGAGACCUGGAAUCACGACAAUCCAAUGUUGGGAUGCUCGAGAUUCAACAAUAUACCUUGUUUGGGUUCCUGGCCGAAGACUUGGACCUCAAAAAGCUCAACGACACCCAGAUCAUGUCAUUGAUGUUACCCGACAUCAAGCUCAACACGGCUGAAUCCCAGCGGGCCGUCUCUGCCAAUAUCACCGCCGGUGACGGCGCUUGGUUCGUCAUCGGCGAGUUUAGCCGUGAUUUCAAUCCGUCUCUGGUGACGGCAGCAGCAGCCGCUGAUGCCAUCUCCAUCGCUGUUCCAUACAAAUUGCCUGGAGUGACACUCGGCAUUUUUCCCACGGGCUUGAUCAUCACUGGCGCAUGGACAUUUAUUUUCUUCCUGGCGUACGGCUUUGGCACAUUGGGCCGUAUCAAAUAUAGAGAUGCUUAUAGAAAAAGAAUGGCGGCUUCAAUGGGCCGAACAGGCGCGAAACUAUGAUGGUUGAAUCCUCGUCUCAGCUUACAAAACAUGUCACGGGGGAGACCAAUAGGGAAAUCAACCAGUGGAAAUGACCAGCAAAUCUGGAUGCAAUGCUCAGGCAAGCGUGGUGUUGGAUGUCGUUCAUGAUGGUGUUUGUUGGUGCAAUUGAUUUGUAUUAUCUUGACCAAGACCCUUGCCCUGGAUACCCUCGUUCAUUCUGUCUACAUAUCUCUUUGGUCUCCACCCGGGUGACCCAAGUCUUUGGAAGCAUCGCGAUGGAAUUUUUGUACAAUAUCCUUACAGCGGCAUUGGAUCACCGGAGAGUGGAGUGGAAUCAAUGAGUAGCCGGUGCAACAAAUCAAGGGAAAUUGAUGUGAUUUUGAUAUGAAAGGUAUAUGGAUGUGUAACAC